AUGCAGGAGAUCAUUAAAAAGGUGAAAUCCAUAACCGAGUUCACACGCAGAAGUACAGUGGCCACAGCAAAACUGAGGGAGAUGCAGCAGCAGAUGGGCCAGCCUCAACUUAUCCUGAAGCAAGACAUGGCUACAAGGUGGAAUUCUACCUAUUACAUGCUGAAGCGGAUCACAGAGGUCAAGGAGCCCCUCGUCUCCACACUGGCCUUGAUUAAUCCCCAACUUCAAGUACUGUCACAGGCGGACUGGGAGAUCAUCAAGGAGGCCUGUGACGUCCUGCAGCCCUUUGAAGAAGUUACAGUGGAGCUGAGUGCAGAGAAAUUUGUGACUGGUUCUAAAGCCAUUUUAAUCGCAAGGGGCCUCCAGAGGGCUACAGCACACCAUCAACGGAAUCCAAACCUUCACAAACCUGUAAAAGAAAUGGUUGGAAUCCUGAUGGCAGAAAUUACCAGGCGUCUAGGAGGGAUUGAACAGGUGCCGGUACAUUUAAAGAUGGCUCCUAAAAGUAAGUCUCAGUCAUGGUCAGCUCUCAAGCAAUUGGGAAAUGAGUGCUUUAAGACGGGACAGUAUGGAGAGGCCACCAACUUCUACAGCCAGUCUAUCAAAGAGCUGGAGAAGGCAGCCCAGAAAAAUCCGGAGGAUUUGGGGAUUCUCUAUUCAAACCGUGCUGCCAGUUAUUUGAAAGACGGCAACUGCACAGAAUGUGUUAAAGACUGCACCACGUCUCUGGAGCUGUACCCGUUCAAUGUGAAGUCCUUGCUGCGUCGCGCUGCAGCCUACGAGGCUCUAGAGCGCUACAGAUUGGCCUACGUGGACUACAAGACUGCACUGCAGCUGGACUGUAACAUCACUGCUGCCCACGACGGCACCAACAGAAUGACCAAGGCUCUCACAGAAGUGGACGGGCCCUCAUGGAGAGAGAAGCUGCCCCCCAUCCCCACUGUCCCACUGUCGGUGAGGGAGAACCUCAACCAGCAACCAGCCUCUCCACAGCAGAACCACUGCAAGACCAACAACUCUGGUCCCAGUGAGAAGGAGAAAAAGCGGGCUCAGACCCUGAAGGAGGAGGGCAACGCUCUGGUGAAAAAGGGCGAGCACCAAAAGGCCAUUGACAAAUACAGCCAGAGCAUCCAACUCAACCCGCAUGAAAUCACUGCCUAUACCAACAGAGCCCUGUGUUACCUGUCGGUGAAGCAGCUCCGAGAGGCGGUGGCAGACUGUGACGUGGCCUUAAACAUGGACUCCUCCAAUAUCAAGGCACUGUACAGACGGGCUCAAGCGCACCGGGAACUGCAGAAUUUCAAGUCCUGUGUCGAUGACCUCAACCGCUUGCUGAAAGUGGAGCCCAAAAAUGGGGCGGCACUCAAGCUGCUCCAGGAAGUGCAGAAAAGGAAGUGA